ACUCUUCAAUCCACACAGCAGUGAACCCCCCACGGGCGAGCAAAACAGUAAACCUUUCGAAAUGGCCGAAGACAACAGCGCAGCGUGGCCCCAGGCGGACCAAGCACUCUCCCAAGAGAUCCUCGACCUCGUUCAGCAGAGCACGCAUUACAGGCAAAUCAAGAAAGGCGCCAAUGAAGCGACCAAGACGCUCAACCGGGGCAUCAGCGAACUAAUCAUCCUGGCUGCCGACACCAGCCCGCUCGCGAUCUUGCUCCACCUCCCUCUUCUCUGUGAAGACAAGAACGUCCCUUACGUCUACGUCCCAUCCAAGAUGGCUCUCGGCAGAGCUUGCGGCGUCGCGCGUCCCGUCAUCGCUGCCUCCAUCACCACGAACGAGGCCAGUGACCUGAUGGGCCAGAUCAGGACCCUCAAGGACAAGGUCGAGCGCCUCCAGAUCUAGGCGUUCCACGAUAGUUCACGACACGAUCAUAACGUGGCUCGAGAAUCGGGCAAUAUACAAUAUGGAAUUGAGGAUUUAUACAGUCUACGAAACGCGAAUUUGAGCAGGGGCUUGGGAUGGAAUACUCUCGAGAUCUCUGUGCGUAGAUAGGGAAUGAAAUGCUGGUCUUGCGGCAUAGACUCGACCCAGAAUCCGAACACU